AAUCCAUUAAAUUUCAUUUCAUUCUAAUACACCUAAACGCUAUAUUUUAUUAUAGUCUACCCUGUAAUAUUAGAAAUCUGUUAAAGAUAGAUCUACGAUAGAUUACGUCCAAGAUGAUAACAAAAAUAAUGAAUAUUGAUAACAAUUUUUUCAUUAACAAUUUUAUUAUAUACAAUACUUAUUAUAAUUUUAGUUUUAUGGUCGAGUACAUUAGAAUUUAGAAGUAUUAUAUUAGUUUACAAAAGAUGUUGUAAUUUCAGUGUAUCUUUAUUCAUUUUGGAUAGUAACAGCUUUAAAACUAUAGGUAAUUUUUGUUGUCCUAUGAGAUUUAAAAAAUGCUUCUCGUUUUUGUGAAAUACUAUAUUACAUGCAAUACCAUUGACAUUCUUUAACAAUUUUGUGAUACUUAUAUUAUAUUCACUAUUGUUUUAUAAUGGAUGUUUUUGGCAAUGGUAAACGAAAUACUCCAAAACUAAAAGACUCCAUGGGCAGAAAGCAGAAACAAGAUUCAGAAGAAGAAUCUGACUGCCCUGAUCUUGAAUAUAACUAUGGGGAUACAGAUACUCACCUCUGUGAAAUGGCAGAACUGUAUAGUUACUCUGAGUUAGAAGAUUACCAGACCAAUAUUCAGGAAUUUGAAAGAGUAAUGAAAGCAUUGGACUUAAAACCAUCCUGGCAUAAUUUAAGCAUAGAAAAUAAAAAUAUAGUCGCAUCUAGACUGCUUGAUUCAUUAGAAGUAUCGGACAAAACAAAACGGAUGAAUGCAGCCAGAUGUGUAUUAUAUUUAUUGCAAGGAUGUUGGGCGGAAUGUCAAUCAGAUAAAGAUCAACAGACUAAUGCCAAAGAAAAUAUACUUUUUUUAUAUAAAUUUGGUGUUUAUAAUAUAUUUGUAAAUCUGCUAAAUAUGGAAAUAGAAUCAGUACAAUUUCAUCGAAAAACUCAAAUUAAUUGUACAGAUUCUACAAAUUUAAGAAUCAUUUUGAAUGUGUUGUACACAUUUAUUGAAGUACUUAGAGUAUCAGAAUUUGAAACUGAUGUUGAAUUCAAAGAAUUUAGAGAAAAUCUGUUAUUAGAUAUAGGCUUACCUUAUACAGAAGACCAUUUAAUAGUAAAACUACUAGGAAUGAUUACUAGAUUUUGCAGUGGGCUGGCAUCAUAUUAUCCAAUGAAAAAAGUUUUAUUGUUGUUGUGGAAGUUAAUUUUAGUUCUACUCGGUGGAAUGGAUAAAUUGGCUAAUUUAAAAAAUGAAUACCGAAAAAAUGUAGAAUUACCAGAACUUCAAGAAGAUCCAAUUGAAAUAAUUAAAUCGAUGCGGUCAUCUUCACCACCGCCAAGUUCCACAGAUAUGAUGAAUGCACAAAAACGUGGCACACGUCAAAAGAGAGGUCUAAUAAAACAGAGUUCAUUAGACGAAUCUCUUGUAGUUAUGGAUUUAUCCUAUCAGAAUGAUGAAGACUUACAAGACUAUGAAGAUCAGCAACUAGGAAUGGAUGAUAUUUCUAGUAUGAAAAAUAUUCAAGAAAUAAAUGAUUAUAGGCCACAAACACCACCAACACCAUUGGUGAUAAAAGGCCUACCAUGGGUCCCUAAAGUUCGUCAUAAAGACUUACAAUUUUUUUUGGAUCAGACAAGAAUUAAAUUUCUUGGUUUUAAAUUGGACAAUGAUAUUGAGACACUAAUUGGCUUACCUGAUCCCAUACACGAGAGUGUAACUAUUCUUAAACAAUAUAUGUAUACAUCAUUAGCUGAUUACCAAAUAAAAAAAGAAGAAACUAUUCAAAGAAAUCCUUUAAUUAUGGGCAAUGAUGAUGUUGAACAAACACCUGCAGAAGUUUUAUAUCAAGCAAUGUUGCCAAAUUUACCUCAGCAUAUGAUUGCAUUAUUGAAAAUAUUAUUGGCUGCAUCACCUACUUCAAAAGCUAAAAGUGAUUCAAUCAAUAUAAUUGCUGAUAUAUUACCAGUUGAUGUGCCAAUGUCAUUUUCUGAGUCAGUUAAGCUAGAAACUGAUAUCAAUAGACAGAAAGAAAUUGUAGUAAAAGCUAUAAGUGGUAUAUUGCUUUUACUGCUGAAACAUUUUAAAGCAAAUCAUAUUUAUCAAUUCGAGUUUAUCUCUCAACAUCUAGUAUUUGCAAAUUGCAUACCACUUGUAAUCAAGUUUCUGAAUCAAAAUCUCGUAUCUUAUGUAUCAUCUAAAAAUACGAUUCCAAUACUAGAUUUUCCAACAUGUGUUAUUGGUGAUGGACCUGAUCUUUCUUUAGACAACAUUGAAAUAGGAGAGUUUCCAUUAUGUUCAUGGAGAAAUGUUUAUUCUUGUAUUAAUUUAUUAAGAGUCUUGAAUAAAAUAACGAAAUGGAAACACUCACGAAUCAUGAUGCUAGUUAUAUUUAAAUCUGCACCAAUAUUGAAAAAAUCAUUAAAAGUAAGACAUGCUAUGAUGCAACUUUACAUUUUAAAACUGUUGAAAAUGCAAGCUAAAUACCUUGGUCGGGCAUGGAGAAAAUCUAAUAUGAAGACUAUGAGUACAAUAUAUCAAAAAGUUCGACACAGACUAAAUGACGAUUGGGCAUAUGGAAAUGAUCUCGAAGCACGUCCGACUGAUUUUCAAAUUGAAGAACGGUUUUUGAGAUCAGCAGUUGAUAAAUUCCAUGCACGGCGAUACUCUCAACAAUAUGAUGACGAACUUACACCGAGUGAUUUUUCAAUCAAUACCGCUUUGGGAAAACCUGUCAAGUUAUCAGGCGAAUUUAAACAGCAUUACAAGAUUUGGUUGGAUCAAGAAGUGUUUCAAAAUAACAUUGAUUGGAACGCAUUAGUCACAGACUUUGAAAUUUAAAUUAAAACGAGUUUAAAAGUUGGGUAUAUAGAUAUCUAUAUCUUAUAAAAGCAUAAUAAAAUAAUUUAAAUUAUAAUAUCCAAAAUAACCUUAGUAUUUUUGUUUUUACAACAAAUAUAUAAUAAUAGUUAUCAAUUGUUGAUACAUAUUCACCUAACAAUAUAAUUUGAUAUACAUAUGGAAAAAAAUGUUACUUGUUAACUAACCAUAUAUUUAUUAAAAUAUUAUGAACAUUAUUGGAUAUUAUUCAUAUUACUCAAGUAUCUCACUUUUCUAUUCAUGCAACUAUAUUAAAUAAAAACAAAUGUGGUAUAUAGAAAAAUGUUUAAAUCUAUACCCAAAUGUAAUAUUUUGAGUAUUUUAGUUAUAUUUAUUAUGCAUAAUACAUAAUUAUAAUUAAAAUAUUUUAAAGAUAAUAUUAUCAUUUUUAUGUAUGCAUUUCUAGAACUUGAAUGAAAUUAAAAGAUUGUUUUAAGAUUGAAGGAUGAUAAAAUUAAUAAAAAUAUAAAUUUAAAAAUGUACUUAUAGUUAAUUUUCAAUUUAAUGACAAUUUAUACAGUAGUGCACAAUAACUAACAAUUAAAUAACUUUGUCUCAGAAUUCAACAUUUCCAAUAAACAGUUUUGAUCAAUAUGGAAUUUAUAAAAAUUAAAAAAAAUUAUAGAAACAUAAAUGUUGGUGUUUGUCAAUUGUUUGGUUUAUCAUAACUAGAGUUAGGAUGUUGAUGACCUAAAAAACACACAAAAAUGCCCUAAAAAAAUGCAAAAAAGUCCUAAAAAAUGAUCUAAAAUACUAAUUAAGUAAGUGAAAAAACUUAUUUAUAAAUAAUAAUUUUUAUUAGGGAUAUGGGUAUAAUAAUAGGUGUAAUAGUAAUUUAAAAUAUGAAUUAUAAUAUACUAAGCGUUCAAAUAAUUUAUAAAUAAAUUUCAAUAUUAAAAAUUAAUUAAAAAGUAAAAUAUAAAUAAAAAAAAUUUUACUAAAAAUAUUUUCAUUAUUAGUGUUAGGAUGUUGAUGUUAUAAUAAUAUUCAUAUUGCAUUGUUACACUGUACAAUUAAUAUGUGUCUGAUGUUAUCAAACAAAAGACGACGACAUCGAUCAGUUCAUAAAUAUUUGUAUGAUGAAAAACUUCUCUUGACAUCAACGGACGUUAUGGGUGCAUACUUGAAGUAGGUCAUGUUAUCACUAGUUAAAUCUUCUGGAAUAUCUUCUCCUCUUGCGCCUUUGCCAUCUAGCAUUUCAGAGAUGUCAGUUACAAUUUUAAAUCCAUUAUUCUUCAAAAUGACAUUCUCCAUUUUGGUUGCUAUGGUUUGUCCGAUUUUAUUUGGAGCUUUUUGGAUUAAAGACUCAAUUUUUUUUAUGUAUUUAAUUGACUGAUAAUAACAUCCCAGAUGUCUCUAUUUGAGUUAUUUCCUAAGGUAUAAAUCCAAAGUUAGAUUUUAAAUAAAUUAAAUUUGUUUCCAAACUUGGGUGUAACAUUUGCCCUAAAAUCUGUAAUUUGUGAAAAAUGCCCCACAUUGUAUAAAAAGUACAAAAAAUGCCCUAAAAGAUGAAAAAAUGACUUAAAAAUGUUGAAAAAUGACGUUAAAAACAAAAAAAAAAUCAUUUAUAGCUAAAAAUACAAAAAAUGCAAAAUAAAAUUAGAAUAUUCUGCAUCAAGGGAGCAUGAAACAAAUUUUUAGCUAGGAUAGCAUUGUACAGAAUAAAAGAAAAAAAAUGCAAAAGUCAUCAACAUCCUAACUCUAAUCAUAACUUACGAAUUGGACCAAAUUUACCCUAGUGAUCAAACAAAAAUAAUGGCUUACUCUCGUAUGAAGGAAAACACCUUUAUUGUAAUAAUAUGUAACUUAAAAAUUUUAAUUAUGUCAUUGAUAUCAAAGAGGUAAACUUGAAACAUUUUUUAUGUCUUUCCGAGUUCCACAGUUAUCAAGAUUAAUUUAUUAAUUAUAAAUAAACAAUUGUAUGAGACCCACAUUUGUAUUCUUAUUCUCCUUAAUCAUAUAAUUAUACAUUUAUAUACAUACCUACUGAUUAAAUUAUAUAAUUACCAAUAUUUUUAUAAUUUUUCUUUUAACAUUAACUCAUUUAUUUUAUAAAUGACUGAAUACUAUUGAGAAUUAAUUAGUUAAUUAUUGAAUAAACCUACCCUUAACAUUUAUUUUACUAUACUCAUUUUAGAAUUAGUUAUAAUUAUAUUGAAUAAUUUAAUUUAUGUACAGACCUCUAUGACUAUAUUAAGUGUGUGUUUAUUAUAUUAAUUAAUUUUUAUGGCCUUAUAUUAUUAAUACUAUUAUAAUUUAUAUUGAAAUAGAUGUUAUACAACAACAUAUAUUGUAUAUUUAAUAUUUAUUAAUACAAAUAGUGAUACCUAACUGAUAAUUUAUAAAUUUAAGAGUAAAUUAGAAUAAACGUUUUUCUUACUCUUAGUCAUUAUAAUAUUUUUAAUUAAUUUCCUUUUAUAUGUAUAUUAUGUAUGUAUGAUGCGUUUAAUAUGUUUCAAUUUUUUUUCUGCCAAUAUUGUUUUUAUAUCCUUAAUGACCUUAAUGUAUUCAUAUUUCUCAACAAGUUUAAACAACAAACUGUCAAUAUUUUAAUCUUGAAAGUUUCUGAUAUUUCAAAAUUUGUAUAAGCUAGGUAUAUUCUAAUUUAAUUCAAAAAUAUGAUAUAUAUAUUAUAUUAAGACUAAUUAUUAACAUUAAAUAUUUAAAACAAAGUAGAGAAAAGAAAUAUGAGUAUAGCUGGGUUAAGAUGGUACCCAUAAACUUUAUGUUAACUCUUGAUUUAAAUCAUAAUUAUUAUAUAUUAUAUUUUAUAUUUCUAGUUUUUAAAUUAUAGUGAAAUAUCUAUCAACAAUAUUAUGUAGAAUAUCUCAUAGACAUUUAUUUAUUUUUAAAGUAUCAAUAAAAUCCUAUAAGUUGCAGUAAAUAAUAUUUUUACCUUGAUAUUUGGUCAAUUCAUUAUAAUAUUAAAGCUAUCAUCAAAAAACUGGUUCUGAUAAAUACAAAAUCUCUAUGUAGUACUAUAUUAAUUAUAAGAUGGCGAUAAGUGAUAACACAAGGAAAAGUGUGACAUCCUUUUAAUUAAAAUACAUCAUCAGUGCAAAGAAUAAAAUUCAUUGGGAGGAGUGUGGUAGGAGGUGAUCACCCCUUUAAAGAGUAUUUUUAUUUAAAUAGAAUUGAAACAUUUAUACUAAUAUACUAAAUUGAAUAUAAAAUGUUAAUUCAAUGAAUUUUAAAUGUAAAAGUAUGUCUAAUAUAUUAUGUAAAUACCCACAUAUCCACAUUUAUCAACUAAGUUAUUAUAUUAUUGUAUUAACAGUGGGUUGUCCCCACCCAAUAAUAUGAUUCAAGAUCUUUUAUUACAUACAUGAUAUAUUUAAGUUAUACACCAGCUUGUGAUGUCUUCGUCUCACAAACUAACAACUUAGAAAAUUUGUGUAGGUACAGAAGAACCAAUUUUGUAUUAAUAGCUUUAAUAUUAGAAUUAGAGUGAAUUGAUUUAAUAUCAAACUUAAAAAUAAGAACAUUAUCUAUGUCUUAUGUUAAUUGUUUACGAAUUAUGAAAAUUUUGAAAUAGUGACAUAAAACAUGUUAUUUAUAACUCGCUUAAAAAAUCAACAAACAAAACCAUCAGAUGCAUAUAAUAUGUUUUCACUUUUAAGUUUAAUAAUAGGUAAAUUCACUCCAACAUGAUAGCAUUUAAAGUAGGCUAAGGGCCCGUUUUACAAUCAUAGUUUAAACCUCUGUUACGAUUAACCCACUGAUUUUACCAGCCGAAUUCCGCGGUUUAACCUUGUUUGACUAUUGUAAUGUGGGCCCUAAGUGUUACAAUAAACAAUUAUUAGUUCUGUUAAACGCAAAUUUGCACUUAUGUAAUAUUAUGUUGUACAUUUAUAAGACGUAGUCUGACCCCCCCCCCCCUUCUCAUUAAAUCACUUCAUUAUCAGUUACUGAAACGUGUAUAGUAUUAAAUUACUAUAAUAUACCUAUUAGUAGGUAUAUUACCUAUUAUGUAUAGAUUUUCUUUAUUGAUUUGUAUUUUUUAUGAAAUAUAAUAAAUCUCUGCUUAUAUAUUACAUUUUAUGUAACCCUAUCUAAUAAAAUAUUUAACAGCGAAUAAUGUUAUCAUUUUCAUGAACACUUGUAUUAAUUAUUAUAAUAUAAUAAUAUGUAUGAUCGAUUACUUGCAUAGUGCCUUUAAUAUAAUAUAGACGUACAAAUUUUUUUUUUCGUUGCUGAGUAAUAAACAAUCAUUUCGUUAAACGCAUGACUGUUUUUUUUAAAUUGAAUUUUUUUUUUUACUAAACAACACUCCUUUUACGUACGAGUAAGUCUAUCAGUGAGAUACAGGCACACGCACAAAUCUUAAACAUACACCCGACAGCAGAUAAUAAUAUACAAUUUCCUAUUA